AUGACCGACGCGUCCGCGACGCCGACGCGCGCGUAUCGCCCGCUCGACGUCGACGCCGCGAACGCCUCGACGCGAAGAGGCGUGGCGGACGACGAUUCCGUCCCCGACGGCAGCGGCACGCCGGGCUCUCCGACCAGGAUCGGGUCGCGGACGCGAUGGACGAAGGACGACGCGUCGGCGUCCACGUCCGGCGGCGGCGGCGGCGACGACGCGAGCGUCAUGACGCAGGUCACCAGGUCCGGCGGCCUGGAGCGGCCCAAGUACGGGAGGGAUAAUCAGCCGCAGUCGUUCAAGCGGCCCGAUCGGAUUCAAUCGCGAUCGGACGCCGCCGCGGGGGGGGCGCGACGGGAAGACAAGAAGAGCGGCGGCGGCGGCUGGUUCGCCGCGCUGUUUUGCUGCGGGAAGCCGCGCGACGACGACGACUCGCCGAGACAGGUGCGCGCACGCGCCGCGUCGGUCGGCGGCCUCGAGCGAGCGAUGCCGCUUCCGUCCCAAUUCAACAACAUUCAGUUCUCCGAACGAUUUCCGCCUUUCCACGAGGGGUGGUAA